AAGCUUUUGGGAGGUAAUAAUUUUGUAUAAAUUGUAUGGAUUGCUGUCAUUCACUUUGGAAACUGAAUACUUAAUUAUGUAUCCAAUAUUGGCUGCUUAACCUUUCUAAAAAUGAGUUCUAAUUGUAACAGUGAUAUGGCGGACGAUUCUAAAGUUAAAUGUGGUCCAUGUGAAUAUAAGAGAAAGUCGGAAAGAGCAAGUAAAUUGUGUACGGAAUGCGAAGAAGGUUAUUGCAACGAAUGUGUCAAAGAUCACAAACUUCAUAAGGUACUCCGAGAUCAUCGCUUGAUAUCAAUAAACGAUUAUUUCAAAAUUGCAGACAUCUCUAAAAAAUUUCAGAGAUGUAACACUCAUGGAGAGAAUUUUGAAUAUUUUAGUCCCUCACAAGAUAAGGUUUUCUGUUUUAAAUGUUUGUCGACGAGCUUUGUCGGUCCGAAAGACAUCAUAACUGUAAAAGAAGCGUUACAUAGUUCAAAUACAAUAGAUGAUGUGUCAAAUUUGGAAACAAAAUUGGAUGAUUUGCUUAAAGAAAUCGAGUAUAGAAUUAAAUGCCAUGAAGAAAGUGCCGAAUAUAUUGAUGAUAAGGUUGAUCAAAUAAUUUGCAAGAUAAAAGAAAUACGAAAUAAAAUUAACAAGAAGCUUGAUAAAUUAGAAGCUAGAGCAAUUGAUGAUUUGAAACAUAAUGCACAUGUGAAGUCAAUGACAGAAAAGCAUCAUAUUUUGAAAGAAAGGAAAAAAGAAGCAAGAGAAAUAAAGAGAAACAUAGCACUUACCAAAGAGCAUGCCUCGGAUAAAAGUAUUUUUAUUUUAAGUCGUAGAGUGCUAGAACCAAUCGAUGAAAUAAAAAAGGCAGUGAAUCCUAUGAUACGCGUAGAGCAACCAAACGAUUUACUAUUUGUUACAUCACCAGAGGUUAUUUCAUUAAUGAAUUCGAAACUAUUUGGGGAAGUUUUACCUGAUUACAGACCAGAAGUAGAAUAUGGUUCUGAAUGCUUGAAGACAGAAAAUGGAGAGACUGGACCGAUGAUAAAAACGGUCGAAAAAAUAAAAGAUAUUCAUUUUGAGUAUCUAAAUAUAACUUGUUGUCGAAUUCUGCCUGAUAAAAGAUUUGUAGUGGCAGUUCGAGACAAUCCCAGGCUUACUGUCCACAAAGAAGACGGUUCUCUUGAAAAAAGUCUUAUUUUGCAAAGGGGUUCUGUCUUUGGCAUCACAGUUAUAGAUAUUCAGAGAAUAGCUGUAUCACAUGGCAAUCGGACUAUCGAUGUGAUAAAUUUAAUCGAUGAGAAAAAGAAAAGCAGUUUCGAUAUAAACAGAAAUUGUGAGAUAUACGAUCUAGUUUUCAAUAAUCAUAAAUUAUUUCUCGGUAGUAUUACGUUGUACACGAAUGAAAUUCUUAUUUCAACCAUGUCAGGAAACAUAAUUGGAUGUAUUCCGGUACAAAAACAUCAAACUCUAUCAAAUUUACAACUGGCUCAAUUUGGAAACAAAAUAUGCUUUAAAUGUGGAGGCGGAAAAGUUGUGUGUUGCGAUUUAACAGGUGAUACUCUGUGGAAGUUCGGCAGUAGAAAUAAUAGUUCAAAACCCGCAGAAAAACACAUGUGGGAUAUGAAUUUCCAGUUCCGUACAAAUGACAGUUACAGAUUAACGACACUUGAUGAACAGCUACCAGGGACGGUUUCCACAUUUCAUGCCUAUGAUAACUACAAUAGUUCACUUUUUCCUCGUCAGCAUCUGUCGGAAAUAGGUUACCGGUUCUCUGCAAUGGACAAUGAUCGUGUGCAGGCAUCUCUUGUGGUAGACAAAUAUGGAAACGUUGUAGUUCUAAAUAAAUCUGAUGGUGUUCAGGCGAUAUCGUGCGAUGGCAAAAUUGGUAAAGUAAUACGUGACGAACCUACAACAAUGAUAGAUUAUGACAUGAACUCGAACACAUUAGUCAUGUUAAACGGUUAUACAGCGACACUUUAUAAAAUUAUUUACUGACAAUAAAUUCAACCUUUAUUUAAUCCAAAGUAAUACUUCAUCAACCCAAGAAUUGUAUUUUUUUUUAUUUAUACAAGUAUUGUAUAUAAAUGAAUUUGUUGAUA